GGAAUCUGAGUAUUCCAUUUUCCGCUCAGGUUUACGAGUCAAUCAAGACAAUGCAAAACUCUUCAAUAAUGUCGGCCAUGCACUGGAAAAGGUGCAAAAAUUUGCUGAAGCACUGGACUAUUUCAAGAAAGCUGCAAGUGUUCAGCCUGAUGACAUUGGUGCACACAUUAAUGUUGGGCGGACUUUUGUCAACCUCAAUCAGAGUGCAGACGCUGAGAAGGCAUAUGCAAAAGCCAUUGGGCUCUUUCCCCCCAUAAUCAAAGGAAAAUCUUAUCAAGCAAGAGUAGCACCAAGUCAUUUGAAUGCAUAUCUAAACCUAGCAAAUCUGGUGUCUAAAGAUCCCAGCAGACUCAGUGAAGCAGAUCAGUUGUUGAGGCAAGCAAUUACAAUGAGAGCUGACUUUGUUGAAGCAUACAUUAAUUUAGGGGAUAUACAAGUCAAACUGGGCAGACUAGAUGAUGCCAGAGCCACAUAUGAAGCUGCUCUCAGACAGGAUCCAACAAAUGCAGAUCUGUAUUAUAAUCUUGGAGUGGUCUUGUUGGAGCUGAACCAAACAGCAAGUGCCAAGAAACAUUUUGAGUUAGCUUUACAGCAUGAUCCUGAUCACUGGCAAUCACUUUAUAACUCGGCCAUUUUGAUGCAGGAAGGGGGUGACCCUAGAGAAAGGGAUGUAGCGUUGCAAAGAUUAGAAAAGCUGAAGUCAAGAAGAGGCGAUGACCCAAAAGUAUAUUUUAACUCUGCCAUGCUGGAAAUGGAUAAGCAAAAUUAUGAGGUUGCUGAAAUUCACUUCAGGAAGGCUAUUGAGUUUGACCCGACGUUUCGCAGCGCUUUAUUCAAUCUAGCACUCAUGCUUGUGAACAACUUAAGGAAACCACAAGAUGCUGUUCCAGUUUUACAUCAGUUACUUGAGCACUACCCUGAUCAUGAUAAAGGCCUCAUUCUGAUGGGUGAUAUUAAUGUCAACUACUUAAAAGAUUUGGAUGCAGCAGAAAAGAAUUUCCAGAGCAUUUUGAGCAGAAACCCCAGGAACAGUCAAGCCAUGCACAACCUUUGUGUUGUGUAUGUGGAGCGUGGAGACCUUCUUGGUGCUGAACAGUGUUUAGUGCAAACACAGCAGCUGGAUCCAAAUGCCCAGUAUAUCCAGAAUCAUCUGAACAUUGUGCGCAACAAAAUUGCUGAGGUCAGAAAACAUACACCCAAACCGCACAAUCAAGCCAAUAAAAAUCCCCAGGAACAUUUGCACUUAGAUGCAAAACAGCAAGCACAACAAGCUGUGAAAGGAACGUAG